AUGAAGCUUCACGCCAUUGAGCUUCCCUCAGGGAAGCAAGCUUAUUCUAUAAGAAAUUUCCCAAUAACUAUAGCCUUGGUUCUCAUCCUAACCCUUAUUCCUCUGUAUUACCUAUUACCAAGCUAUGCUUCAUUUCCAUGGAACAGUAGUUCUUCAAAGAAGUUAUCUUCAUCAUCUGCAAUGCCUCCUUCUUCUUCUUCUUCUUCUGGUGGUGAUGGUGCUUCAAAGGGCUUAACAUCAUCUUCAUCUUCAAGCAGAGAAUGUGAUAUUUUUAGUGGGGAAUGGAUUCCAAAUCCUGAGGCACCAUAUUACACGAAUUUGAGUUGUCGUUGGGCGAUCCAUGAACACCAGAAUUGCAUGAAAUAUGGAAGACCAGAUUUGGGUUUCACGAAGUGGAGGUGGAAACCGGAUGAGUGUGAGCUUCCCAUCUUCAACCCGGUUCAGUUCUUUGAGAUUGUCAGAGGAAAGUCCAUGGCCUUUGUUGGAGAUUCUGUGGCCAGAAACCAUGCGCAGUCCUUGAUAUGCCUCUUAUCUCGGGUGAUGUACCCUGUGGACAUAUCAUAUACCAAAGACGAAGAUUUCAAACGCUGGAACUACACCACCUACAAUUUUACCCUUUCCACAUUUUGGACUCCAUAUCUCAUUAAGAUUAAGGAAGAAGACGCCAAUAAUGGCCUCUUCAAUCUUUACCUUGAUGAAUUCGAUGAGAAAUGGACAACCCAGAUUGAACAAUUCGAUUAUGUAAUCAUAUCGGCCGGCCACUGGUUUUACCGUCCGAUAAUGUUUUACGAGAAGGGUCAGCUCUUAGGCUGCCAAUACUGCUUCAAACAGAACAUUGCAGACCUCAACAUGUCCUAUGGUUACAGAAAGGCCUUCAGUACAGCUUUCAAAGCAAUUAACAGUUUAGCUAACUAUAAGGGCUUAACAUUUCUCAGAACAUUUGCUCCUUCACACUUUGAAAAUGGUUUGUGGAAUCAGGGAGGGAAUUGUUUGAGGACAAAACCCUUUAGAAGCAAUGAAACCCAUUUAGAGGGAAAGGCUUUGGAGUUGUAUAGGAUUCAAGUGGAGGAGUUUAGUAUUGCAGAGAGGGAAGGGAGGAAGAGAGGGCUGAGAUAUGGGUUGCUUGAUACCACUCAAGCCUCUUUGUUAAGACCAGAUGGGCACCCUAGCCAUUAUGGGCACUGGCCCCAUGAGAAUGUGACACUGUACAAUGACUGUGUGCACUGGUGCUUGCCUGGGCCCAUUGACACUUGGAAUGAUUUGCUACUUGAGAUGCUGAAGAUGGAGGGGAUGAAAUCAUUUGAUACACAAGUGAUAGGAACAUGA